AUGGGGAAUGAUGCAAUGAGUAAAGCCCUACAGCAGAUUUCUAAAUCACCCUUCGUCAGAAGGAUUAACAAGGCCAAGCUUCCUCAUCAAUUUUCUCAGCUGACGUUUGCCAUUUACAGUAGGAGGACUAAUCCCAUGGAGCACGUCAGCCACUUUAAUCAUAAGAUGGUAGUUCAUACCAACAAUGAGGCUCUAAUGUGGAAAGUGUUCCCCUCCAGUCUUGGACCUAUGGCUAUACAUUGGUUUGACGCCUUAGAAGAAGGAUUAGUGGGAUCUUUUGAGGAGCUAACGAGAGCUUUUGUGGCUAGAUUCAUAACAUGCAAUAGGAUCCCCAAACCUGUAGAUUCUUUGCUGUCUAUGGCAAUGAGGAAAGGGGAAACCCUCAAAACUAACUCAGACAGAUACUGGGAAACACAUAAUGAGAUCUAUGGAAAUUUUGAGGAUAUGGCCAUGAGGACCUUCAAAGUUGGGCUACCUGCCAAGCACGAGUUAAGGAAGUCAUUGACGAUGAAGUCCACCUUGAACAUGCGCCAACUUAUGGAUCGCAUAGAUAAGUAUAAGAGGGUGGAGUAA